GUCACCAGUGUCAAUUCGCCAUCGAUUGUAGCCGAGAAGUCGUCAUGGCGAGCGGAUAUUAAUGUUUGGCUACUAGAAUAACAUCAAAACAGCCAUGGGGUCGUUGUUCCGUAGUGAAGAGAUGGCACUAUGCCAGCUCUUCCUUCAGAGUGAAUCGGCAUACACUUGCGUCUCCGAACUUGGAGAGCUCGGACUGGUGCAAUUCAGAGAUCUCAACCCAGAUGUGAAUGCAUUUCAACGCAAAUUCGUGAAUGAAGUCCGCCGCUGCGAUGAGAUGGAGAGGAAGCUCCGCUAUUUGGAGAGGGAGAUCCGUAAGGAUGGGAUUCCAGUGCUGGAUACUGGGGAGAACCCUGAGGCUCCGAUGCCCAGGGAAAUGAUUGAUUUAGAGGCGACAUUUGAAAAACUUGAGAAUGAGCUGAAGGAAGUGAACAGCAAUGCUGAAGCUCUCAAGAGGAAUUACCUGGAGUUGACGGAACUGAAGCACAUCCUGAAGAAGACCCAAGUUUUCUUUGAUGAGGCCAUGUACCCCCCAAAUCUACCUUACGACCAAGAUGUCUAUUUUGACGAUGAUGAGCGUGUUAACCUGCUGACCGACACGUCGCUCCACCAACUCAAACAUAUUGGGUUUGUGGCUGGUGUGAUCCUGCGUGAGAGGAUCCCCGCCUUUGAGAGAAUGCUAUGGCGUGCUUGCCGAGGCAACGUGUUCCUCAGGCAGGCAGAGAUCAAUGACCCACUCGAGGAUCCGGCUACAGGAGAGCAAGUGUACAAGUCGGUAUUCAUCAUCUUCUUCCAAGGUGAUCAGUUGAAGAUGAGAGUCAAGAAGAUUUGUGAAGGUUUCCGUGCCACCAUGUACCCAUGCCCAGAGGCUCCAGCUGAUCGACGCGAAAUGGCCAUGGGAGUGAAGACGCGUCUGGAUGACCUUAGCACUGUACUGAGCCAGACCCAAGAUCACCGUCACCGUGUGUUGGUGUCUGCUGCGCGCAAUAUCCGUGCAUGGAUGAUGAAAGUGUGGAAGAUCAAGAGCAUUUACCACACACUCAAUAUGUUCAACCUGGAUGUUAUUCAGAAUGGCUUGAUUGCUGAAUGCUGGAUUCCAGUUGCCAACUUGGAAGAUGUGCAGCUAGCCCUACGACGUGGAACUGAAAAGAGUGGAAGCUUGCCAGCAAUUCUGAACCGGCUCAGCACUCAUGAAGCGCCUCCAACUUUUCACCGAACAAACAAAUUUACAAAGGCUUUCCAGGCUUUGAUUGAUGCAUAUGGAGUUGCAACUUACCGUGAAAUCAAUCCUGCACCAUACACCAUCAUCACCUUCCCCUUCCUCUUUGCCAUCAUGUUUGGGGAUGUGGGUCAUGGCAUAAUCAUGGCCCUUUUCGGUGGCUGGAUGGUAUGGAGGGAGAAGCCUCUCUCUGCCAAGAAGACUGAUAAUGAGAUUUGGAAUAUUUUCUUUGGUGGAAGGUACAUCAUCCUAUUAAUGGGUAUGUUCUCCAUGUACACGGGCCUGAUUUACAAUGACAUCUUCUCCAAAGCCUUGAACAUAUUUGGGACAUCAUGGCAUGGCAAAUACAAUGAGAGCACCUUGUUAACCAACAAGGAGCUGAUCUUGGACCCUGGCAACAAGGAUCAGUAUGAACAGUACCCAUACCCCUUUGGUCUGGAUCCCAUUUGGCAGAUUUCUCUCAACAAGAUCAAUUUCUAUAAUUCGUAUAAAAUGAAGAUUUCCAUCAUUUUUGGCAUCAUCCACAUGUUGUUUGGUGUCAUCCUUAGUGUAUGGAACCACAGGUUCUUCAACAGGCCCAUGAACAUCUAUUGUGAGUUCAUCCCCCAGAUAAUUUUCCUGACCUGUUUGUUUGGGUACUUAGUUCUUCUAGUGUUCCACAAGUGGGUAUGGUAUGGGGCUGGUGGUGCAGAUAGUGUUUCUCCCAACUGUGCACCUUCCAUCCUCAUUACCUUCAUUAACAUGGUCUUGAUGAAGGGUUAUCAGUCAACACCAGAGAAUGACCCGUGCUCACCAUAUAUGUAUGCUGGGCAGUUUGGAUUCCAACGAUUCCUUGUUUGCAUUGGGCUGAUUUGUGUACCAUGGAUGCUCCUUGCUAAACCUUUCAUGCUUCACCGAAACAACAAGCGCAAGCAGAUGAUGUCACAAGCUAAUGGAGGAGAGGGUGUCAUUGAAGAAGGUGGUGGUGAGGCUGCAGCUGCUGCAGCUGCAGAGGAAGUGCAUGACAUGGGUGAGAUCAUGAUCCAUCAGGGAAUCCACACCAUUGAAUAUGUCCUUGGCUCCGUGUCUCACACUGCCUCGUACCUGCGACUCUGGGCGCUGUCGCUUGCCCAUGCUCAACUGAGUGAGGUGCUGUGGCAGAUGGUUCUUCGUGUUGGACUAACAGCUGGAGGCACAGGCGGGGUUGGUGGCAUCAUCACUUACUUCAUCUUUGCAGCUUGGGCAUCCCUCACUGUUGCCAUCCUUGUGCUCAUGGAGGGGCUAUCUGCCUUCUUGCAUACUCUUCGACUGCAUUGGGUGGAGUUCCAGAGCAAGUUUUACGGAGGUGGUGGCUACGCCUUCGUGCCAUUUGCCUUUGAAACAAUCCUCGAACAUGCAGAAACAGCUGUUGCGGAGUGAUGGCCUAAAGAAAAAUCAAAGAAAAGAAAGAAAUUGCUAUUGAACAAGUAUUAGUAUUAUUGAUUGCAUUAUCAUCUUUAUCAUUUAAAAGAAGUUGAAAUAUAGGUGUUCUAGAAGUUCUCAAAAAAAUUGGUAUCCACAGUGUUCAGCAGUAGAUUUUAUGUAUUAAAUGUGCUUUAUUUUUUAUUUAUUCAUUUAUUUUUAAAAUUAUAGAUUUAAAAUAAAAUCUGCAUUUAUAAUAACAUUUGUCAUUGUUAAAGAAAUUGGUAAAGUUAGGGAAGCCGUAAUUAUUUUAAAAUUCUACCACCAAAACCAGCAGAGUUAAAAACCAAUAGCAAUGACUAUGCUUUGUGUACUCUUAGAAAAAUCAUGAAAACCUAAUGUUAUUCUGAUCUUUAGAUUAUAUAUGGAUUUAUAUAUAAAUAUAUAUAUAUAUGUAAAUAUAUAUAUUGAUGUUAUAUUGCAUUCAAGAAUAUAAUGGCCAUUUAAUCAGUGUAUUGAACAAUUAAUAUUCUACAACAUUGUUGACAUGUAAAAUGAGGCUGUAAGGAUUUUUUUGGCAUGGCUUAUUAAAAAAAUCUUCAACAACACACAUUGUAUAUGAUAAAAAAAGAAAAAAAAACAAAAAAACAAGGAUGUCAAGCUUUGCAGUUUGUAUGAAAGUGCUAGGAAGUAUGUUAAUUUUCUUUGUUCAGUGAUAACCCCCACCUUUAUUUUUUUAAUAUUAUUUUUUUUUUAUUAUUAUCUAUACAUACAACUACCAGAGAUUGUUCUUUGGGUUUUAUAUAUUUUAUAUUAUAUUUUAAAAGAAAUGUGUGUGGAAAGAAAAGUUGUUCUAAAUCAUUAGGAAGAAUAAUUAACUAUUUUGGUCGUGUUUUCAUGGAUGUAUUUUUUUUUUUUUUUUUUUUUUUUUUUUUUUUAUAAUAUUCAUUAUGGCCUGCCCCCCCCCCCUUCACUUUUGCUUCAACUAUAGUAAAAAGUCCUGGUUUAACAGUUUUUGUUAUAUCUUAAGCACAACAUUUUUAAGUACUUUCAUAUUAAAAGUUAUACUUUGAGUGGUGCAUACAGCUUGACCCAGUUAUUUCCUCAAGUCAUGUGACCAUUUGAUAAAAUUAAGCAAAAGAAAAUGGUAUAUUUUGUUCUUGUAAGAAUGGAUUUUCCUUUUCCUGGUUUCUGUAAUAGGUGCCAUUUUUCUUCUUUCCUCUUUUAUAUUUAUGUAUUCUGAAUGGCUGCAUUUCAGGAAUGUAAAUGGAUUUUGUGAAGUUGUUUUGUUUGUGGAAAUGUGGGCAUUUUGUUUUGGCCACAAAAAGUGUGUGAGUAUUUAAUACCUUCAUCUAUUUUUACAAUAGACUACUUAUUCAGAUACUUUUAGUUCCUAUUAUCACCAUGUCCGUAUGUUGUAGUGCGAGGAAAGCUGAGGAAUCUCAUUUCGUCCCUGUGACCCUGUUCUUUUAAAUACUUUGUCCUUGUAGCCAUCCUAAAAAUUUAAAACAUUUUUUGUUUUUGUUUGGUCUCAUAGAGCAGAGAUUGUCACUUGAUAUGUACGAAGUAGUGUAGUAUGAAUGAAGUGCAUAAAUUGUUACUUUUGUUGCAAACUUUGGAAGAUAUUUCUAGUCAUUGUUUGAUUUAUGUGACCUAAUUUGGCUUGUCUUCAAUAAAUUAAGUUAGAAAACCAA